AUGGAGGGGAAUUCACAGAAGGUGAUGGAUGUGUGCAACUCAGACAACUUGUGGGGUCAGCAGCUUUCGCUCUCUUUGCCAAAGCACAAUCAGAGGCAGGAGUCAGUGCACCGUGAGGAUGGCGGAGGACAGGGGCAGAGGACGCAGCUGCAGCGUCAGGAGAAGUGUCUCUGUGGGUCAGACUUCAGCUCUGGCUUCAUCCCAGUGUCAUCAGCGCAGUUAGAAAGGCCGUCCGUUACACUCCUGUGUUUGGGUGUGCACGCAGGGAGGAGGGAAGUUGUGCAAGAAGAAGGAGUGGUGUCUUGA